AUGGAAGAUUUCAAAAACCCAAAUGACGUAGAGAAGGAGGUCGAAAGAAGGAGGGCGACUCGGUCUAGCAGUAGACUGAGUCUAGCUGAUGAUUUGGUGGUGAGGUCGCCUCGGGUGGUGCUCGAGCGCAUCGCCUCGCCCCAGGAGGAAGUAACGGAGCCGACUUGUCACUCACGUGACAGCUCCUCGGGGAGGUCGGACCGAAAGCGUCCCAGACGGGAUGCUUCGGAGGAGAAGAUGUCUGUGGGGGCGUACGCCGCUUCGGACUGUGAGAGCGAGGUGUCCAUAGCCUCGUCAACACGGUCCCGCGGUUGCGUCACCCACGGGCGAUAUGUCGGCCUGCAUAGGCAGAGAGAGGCGUAUCGGAGGCUCGCCGCGGAGUCGGAGGCGCAGUCGUCCGAUACGCUCGAAGACAAGGCGGAGGAGGAACGGCAGAGGAGGGAUGCCAGGGCGGCGGUCCGGGACCUGAUGAGUUCCGGACUGCAGCCGCUCGACCCCUCAUCAGCAAAGGAGAGAAUAGAAGGCAGCCUGAUGGCAAUCUUGGAGGUGGCACGCACCUCCAAGAAUAUAAAGGGCUGCCUGAUAAAGCGGCUGAAGGAUGCGGUGGAGGAGAUUCAGGGCGGAGUUCGUGCCCUGACAGGUCCCACCGCCGAAAAGCUGAUGGCGGAGAACGCUCGCCUCAGUAGGGAGGUCAGGGAGCUCCGGGACCAAGUUAAGUCUGUCCAGAGGCAGACAGCCCCGGCAGCACCCGACUUCGAAGAAAUGCAGCGUUCAAUUAUGCUCUCCGUCGGGUCGAUGAUGGACGCGAAGCUGGCUGGGAUGUCGAGUCGGCUCCCGCCAGAGCCAGUUCUGCGUCCACCUCUAGCGGCGGACAGGAGACGCGCGGAGGCGGAGGCUUCGGGCCGUGGUCCCAAACCCGCCUACAACCAGGUGCUGAAGGCAGCCCCGGCCCCUAAGCCGGCGCCGAAGACAGCACCAAGGUCGGCGCCGACACCGGUGCCGAAACCGUCGCCGAGACUGGCGCCAAAGUCGACCCCAACGCCGGAUCCAAAACCGGCGAAGGGGAAGGCUAAGACGGUCGCGCAACCGGCGCCAGCUCUGGUACCGGCGCCGGAAGAGGCGCCGGUUGCGAGCACAUCAGAGACUGUGGUCGACGGGUGGACCACAGUCUCUAAGAAGAAGAAAGGGCCGAAGCCGAAGGCGCCGGAGCGCCCCAAUGCACAGCCUGAAAAGAAGGGGAAAGCCCCUCCUCAAAAGAAGAAGGAGGGGCCGAAGGCUAUUUCGGGCAAGCAACGGCGCAAGCGCGCACAGCGCCAGAGGCGCCUUGCCCGCACAGCUGCGGUGGUGUUAACAAUAACCCCAGAGGCGGAGAAGGAAGGCCUCACCUACGCCACGGUGCUCACCAAGGCGAGGGCUGGGGUCGACCUAAAUGCGAUGGGUGUCGACAUGGCAGUGGACCCCAUCCGCAUACGAAAGGCGCAGACCGGGGCUCGGGUGCUUCAGCUCCCGAAAAAUGUCGGUCAGGAGGCGGCUGAUGAGAUGGCCAAAAAACUUGAGGCCAUCUACGGCGGUGACGUCAGGGUCACCAGACCCGUCAGGUGUGCGGAGCUCCGGGUGUCAAACCUGGAUGACUCCGUCACCAAGGAGGAGAUCCGUGACGUCGCCGCGCGCCAGA